AUGGGAGCAAAGACGCAGCCGCCUAUCAAUAUUGACGAUCUCCUGUACAAGACGUAUCACAUCAUGGCACUGACUAUCGUGCAUUUCGCGACUGUUCGGUGCCGACAUCAACACAGUUGCCUUAGGAAGAUGAUGUCGUCGACAUCCGCACGGCCCGGGACUUUGGUUGAGUCUGUGGGAUACAUGAGGAGCCCCGACUCCCUAAAAUGGAAGGAUAUCGAGCUUUACAUGGUGAAGCACCCGGAGAACCCAGCAUGUCAGACGCUUCUUAUGAGGGUUACGCAUCGGCUUAACAAAGGUAAAAGGAAUAAGGGUGUCGCCCCAGUCUUCACUUAUACCGAAAGAAAUGACAACCUUGGCCUAUGUGCCAUUCAAGACAUAUUGGAAUUUGCCUUUCGUGACGAUGCAUUUGCUAGCGAAUAUAUUAAAGAGCCGAGGGAUGUCUGGCGCUACACCCACGUGCCAAACCACCGACUCAGCACCCCUAUUCAUUUCAAGGAGGAAGUCCAAGAGAUCCCAGUAUUUCGGCGUGCAGUAAAGGAUGCAGAAGGGCGGUGGACCACUCAUCCAACAAGUGCCUUGCCGUAUAAAAAGCUCCAGGAAGAUGAAGUCGCAACAAGCAGGGAAGAUGGAUCUAAGGUCCCAGGUUCUUUGUAUAAAUAUCGCAAAGGGGCUGCUGAAAACCUUAAUGAACACUCCAGGAAUGUUAUCAUGGGCCAUAGCCGGAGUCACACAUUUGCAUACUAUGUUCAGGUCCAGGACGAUACCCAAUCCGCUUUUAUGGGUACUCCAACCAGAGACGCUUUGAUAAAGCUGGCAACGAAUUCGAGUUUGACCCGAGAUGCAUCUGUGCCGCAAAAUUUGAGUGAUGAAAAGAAACAAGAAAUUGAGCGACUCACCGAGCUCACUCACCUGAAGCGCACGCGUGAUCAACUCCGGCGCGAUCUGAUCGCACAAUACCAUCAGCUGCACAAGGCUCGAGGGACCACCCUGUAUUCUGAUUUCGAAAGGGCCCAGAGACAAGUGAGAGCGAAAAGGAAGAAGUUGCACAAAGCGGCCAAAGAUGAGCAGCAUGACAAUUUCUUCAAGCAUAUCGGAAACCGCAUCGUCGAGGGAAAUUACAAGGGGCAACCCCUUACCUUCGAGCCCGACAUAUCGCAUGUUGUUCCGGAGAGAAAAGCCCUUGCUGACCUUGAGUUCAAGAAUCGGGAUGUCGAUAAGAUCAGCGACGCAGAGCUACUUGAGGAUCGUAUCCGAUCUCUUGAGAUGCGACUGGCUCUCUAUCACCUGGAGGUACCGAAGACCCUGCAGACUCGCAUCAACUUCCGUGAACCUUCACCUGAAGUGCCCAGCUGUCCGGAAGUAUUGGAUAAUCUUCCGCUUGAGAGCAAAAGUGGACUUGAAUGCCCCGUAUGCCUUGGUCGUCCUGGCAUGCAUUCACGCGCAAGACGGUACAUCUAUGCCCGGAAAGAUACGCUGCAGAGGCACUUCGAGACGCAUAACUUGAAACAGAAGUUCCCAAAAGGACGGACGUGUGAUUAUCCUGGAUGCGAGGAGGUCUCCUACACUCUCUCCAGGUACAAGCUUCAUCUGGAUAUGGUACACAAGAUUUCUCUAUGA